GUGAAGUCCAAGCGGAAGCCUUUGUUACGCCAUGUUUACGGAAGCCGGGGAAAACUCAGCCAUGGAUUAAACCUCCUCUGAGCAUCGGUUGCUGGAUUAACCUUUUAAAGUAUUUCAUUUAAAACUCCCUCUCUCGUCUUGGUCUCCUUUUGCCCCGAGCCUCGCCGCUUUCCACCAUGUGGGACCAUGAAAUCAGAGCCAUGGCGUCCACUCACGCCAUCAUCGCCGCCUCUGUGUUCAUGGCGACCGUCGUCCCUGCGGCGCUCGUGCGCGGCUUCUCGGUGUACGGCACGCACCUGCCGUGGCUCUACGCGGUGUCCGGUGCGGUCGCCGCGGUCAGCGUCGCCGCCUUCUGGCUGCUCGGCAUCUCGCCGCCCACCAAGAAGCACACGCUGGGGUACAAGCUGUCUCGGCUGUUUCGUUCCUGUGUGUACUUCUUCCUGUCGUGCCUGUUCUUCCACGCUGUGGUUGUUCUCUAUGGAGCUCCGCUGAUUGAAUCUGCCUUGGAGACAUUCUCCCUCGCUGUGCUGCUGACCUCUUUAACCACACUGAGGUGCCUCUGUGUCCUCGGCCCAAACGUCCAGGCCUGGAUACGAGUAUUCAGCCGGCACGGAGCGAUGUCUGUGUGGGACACCUGUCUGCAGAUAACAGUGGCCUGCACUUUGGUGGGAGCCUGGGUAGGAGCCUUUCCCAUACCACUGGACUGGGACAGGCCUUGGCAGGUCUGGCCCGUUUCCUGCAGUCUGGGAGCUACUAUCGGCUUCCUGACCGGCCUGGUUGCAGCUCCUGCGUGGAUCCACUACCAUCGCAAGCAGCUCACGUACAAGUGCAAGUGAUGGACGUGAUGUACGCUUGUUUGCAACCACAUGGGUAUUUUUCUCGUAUUCCUGGUGUAUUCCUUUUAACUUUGUACUGAAUAUUUAUUGGGACUUCUCCUUCCUCAUGCUGCCUGUAGGAAGGAAGAUUUUGGAAUGACGCUAGACGUUAUUGACAAGGUGUACGCAUGGAGGCUGAAUAUUUUCUCUGAACAGUUUUGACCUGUAUGAAGCAAUACUUUGGAACUCUUUUUUUGAUUAAAAGAUUGGAAAUAUC